CGCGUCACUGACACGUCAUCAACGUGUUUGUUGUCUUCCGGGCUACGCUGUCACUCGUUUGGCCGCCGACUGUCUUGUGUGGUCGAAAUGCUUACACCGGAGGCGGUGUGGGACUUCCCGGUGCAAAUGUGGGACCGGGUUCUGUCCAAGGUGAACCGGGCGGUGGUCUUCAUGGACGACCCCUGCGCGGAAGUCCUCCACUGGAGCGCCGGGGGAGCCGCCGCGUUGUUCGAAGCCGGAGCCCGAAACGUGAAGCGGUUCUCCAGCUUCGAGUCGUGUAGCGAGGACGAGCCCAAAGCGGUGUUUGUGGUGAGCACCUUGUUGAAGGGACGCACCGUGGACACCCUAAAGGACAUCAUCUCGCUCAGCCACUUGCAGUACUGCGUGGUGGUCACGGCCGUGUCCCACUCGCUGCACCUGCUCGCCAACAACGUGGCGGCGGAAGCGGACGGCGCCGCGCCCGUCUUCGAGCAGCUGGAGGACAAGCUGUGCGAGUGGAUGGGCGACAUGAACUACACGGCCGAGGUCCUGCACGUGCCGCUGUCUUUCGCCCUCGUGUCCCAGCAACUGCUCCUGGCGCCCGCCUUUGCCCGCCUCUUCCCGCUGCUGCCGCCCGAUUUGCGCGCCCUCAAUGCCACGCGGCCAGAUAAGAAGCGCUUCGCCAGCCUUCUGGACGUGGACGUGCACGCACUCCCCUCCGAGCUUCAGCUGCAGAUUAAGGCGCUGGCGGGAGCAUUGAAUGCCCUGUUUGAGGCCACCGGCACCAGGGAGGAGAGCUUCGCCGUGGGCCCCAUGAGUCGCCUCAUUGCAGGGGAACUGGCCGGUCACCCCCAGGCCAAGACCCGAAGGAAAACGGCCCCCAAUAAGGCCUCCAUCAUCUUUGUGGACCGCACCAUGGACCUUACAGGUGCAGUCGGUCACCAUGGCGACAGCCUGGCGGAGAAGAUUUUGACAGUGCUGAAACCUCUGCCUGGUCACGUGACGGAUGUGCAGGUCGACAUGCGAGAACUGACCAGCGUGCUGAUCAGUCCUGGUUCAGAAAGCUGCGUGGCACCGGGCUGCCUGGCACAAACACGCUCGCCUGUAGCGCGUUCCCUGUGGGAGGCCAUGCUCACCGGCAAGCACAAGGAAGGCGUGAUGGAGGUCCGACGGCAGCUUGUGGAAGCGGCCAGCAAGGAGAAGCUGCCCAUCAAGAUGAGCAUGGGCCGCGUGACCCCGGAGCAGCUGCGCUCCUACGCGCGGCCGUUCCGAGGCGAGGCGGGGGCGCUGGAGAGUCACUGCGGGGUACUCCAGCUGGGCCUGGCCACGGCGCAGACCCUCCGACACCCCCUGUUACCCCGCUGGGACGCCUGCCUGGCCUUCGAGAGGCUGCUGCUGCAGGCUCUCGGAGACUCCGACUUCCACGCGGUGCUGAGUCAGCUGCUGCCCUUGACGAAGCCCCGCGGAGGCCACGACGGCGACGCCGGCUUCGCGGGGGACGAGUGCGGGCCCGACGAGCUGAUCCUGCUGCUCGUCUACUUGUACUCGCUGGCCGACGAGGCCCGGCCGGCGACGCGGGAGGACGUCCGGCCGCCGGAGCGGCUGGAGCGGGAGCUGAUCGGAGCGCUCGCGUCGGCCAUCGCCGGAGAGACGACGCUCAGCCCCUUGAUGCAAAAGCUCACAGGGUGUCCACAGGCGGAGGACUUGAGCACCGAGCGGGUCCACUCAGCGAUGGAGCGUAUGUUCGAGACCCUCCGCGGCCUGCGCCACUCCCGAGAUCACCUCAAGCAACUGCGUCGCGUCUACACGGCCAGCGACGGCGUCCACCAGGCUACCUAUCGCCCUUUCCUGCGACAGAUCCUGCAGGAAGUCUUCCACCCCGACAGGCACGAAUGCGUCGACAUCGAGCACAUGUCCGGGGGCCUCACGGAUCUCCUGAAGACAGGCUUCAGCAUGUUCAUGAAGGUGAGCCGCCCGCAUCCCGGCGACAACCCGCUGGUCUUCCUCUUCCUAGUGGGCGGAGUCACACCCUCGGAGCUCCGUCUGGUCAAGGAGACCUUGGCCAACUUGAAACCGGAAAGUCGGGUUCUGGUCCUGUCCACCGGGCUGCUGAGGCCCGCCGACGUUCCCGAGCUGCUCUUCGCCGCCCAAAGAUUGACGCCCGACAUCGGCGUGUGAGGUGCCGGCCAAAGGAGUCCUCACACUGUGUACUUAAGGAAAAGUACAGAAAAAAGAAGACUUCCUUCCACAUUGAACUGUCCAUGAACUCAAAUGUAAUUAACAUCAUUCACCGAGCAUUCUUUUAGCUGCGGGAUGU